AGGAACCUGCGACUUAAUCCCUAUAAAAUCACCAUCCACAUUCCUUUGCAAACCUUCUUUUGGUUCGCUCGCCAUCGCCUACCUACCUACCAUUAUUUCUCUCCAGAUCGUUGCUUUCUUCUUGUUCUUACUAGAGGAUUAUCUGCCUGUCAAAUCUAGGGUUUCUCUGGUAUUUCUGGUUUAUGAUUAGAUGAGUACUACUUAUUCAUGACGUAUGCUAUAUUGAUGCAUCGGAUCCGAAUUCUUCACUCCUUUUCCGUUGUUUUUCUCUACUGGUUUCACGAGCUUUCAUGAAUUUGCCCUAGUCCUGAACGUAAAUCGAUUUAUUUAUUCAAAUCCUUGAACUAUUGUUACUAAUCAAACCCUUGAUUCUACUUUGAUAACUUUAUAAACCAUCCUUCCGACUUUGCCGAUGGCAUCACCCAAAUCGGGGUCUGAUGGAGAUCCCAGGUAUGCAAACCUUGAUGAAAGGAAAAGGAAGAGGAUGAUCUCAAACAGGGAAUCUGCUCGUAGAUCCCGUGCCAAGAAGCAAAUUUGUCUGGAUGAAUUGCUUGGUCAAAUCAACCACUUACAGAAUGAUAACAACACAAUAAUGCGCAAGAUUGAUGGGGCAACACAUAUGUUUGUUGGGGUUGCAUCUCAGAAUAAUGUUCUGAGAGCCCAGCUGACAGAAUUGACGGACAGGUUGCAUUCCUUGAACUCUGUUCUGCACAUUGCUCAGGAGGUUAGUGGUCUGGCUAUGGACAUUCCUGAAGUUCCUGAUACUUUGCUGGAACCAUGGAAGCUUCCCUGCCCGACUCACCCUAUCACAGCAUCCAACUUGAACAUGUUCUAGUAUUCAUAAUUCCUUUCAUCUUCUUUGUUUUUGUCUCGUUUUCUUCAUGAAUUUGUAUUUGUAUGUCUGCUACUUGUUUAGUGUUCUUAAGUAUGCUAAGUUUGCUAUGAUAUGUACUCUUUUUUUUUCUUUUUUUAUGGGUGUUUGAAAAUCAUGUUGGUUUGAUGUUCUAAUUUUCUGGCUUCUAGCAGUAUGUAAUGUUUGGUAACUUGAAUAGUAAUAAUAGUAGUACAAGUAGGUUGGACGGAUACUUAUUGUUA